AAGAUUCAAUAAGUUUUGAGCUCAAGUGGCAAAUGGUUAUUUCCAGCUCCGUAAGGAUGUUGUACCCAAAACUGCUGAGAAUUUUCGCGUUUUGUGCACCGGUAAGAAGGGAUUUGGCUAUAAGGGAUGCACAUUCCAUCGCGUAAUACCGAAUUUCAUGUGUCAAGGUGGUGAUUUCACGAACCAUGAUGGCACUGGUGGAAAGUCCAUUUAUGGCAAUACAUUCAAGGAUGAAAACUUCAAAUUGAAGCACACCAUACCCGGUGUUUUGUCUAUGGCCAAUGCCGGACCGAACACCAAUGGCUCACAGUUCUUUAUUUGCACUGUAAAGACACCUUGGCUGGACGGGCAACAUGUAGUUUUUGGGCAGGUCAUUCAAGGGAUGGAGGUCGUAAAGGCUAUGGAGGCUUUGGGCUGUGCAAGCGGUGGGCCGAUGAAGAAAAUUGUCAUUGCUGAUUGUGGUGAAUUAAAAUAGAUUUGAAAAUCAAUAAUGUGAUAUACGAAGUUAUACUGUGACUGUAAUAGGUGUGAAUUGAAAACACACAUACGUAGGUAUGCAUGUUUGGGUGUGCACUAGCAGAGUAAUUAUAUUUUAAUAAGUGUGUUUUAGCGUUGAAUUAAAAUUUUAUGGUAUUAUUAAUCGGUUUCGAAAGUAAGUAAACUUGUAUGUCUAAUUAAAUAGUGUUGAAUCAAAGAAGUAAAUGUAUAUUGUAUACAAACAUACAUAUGUGAAAUAAUUGAUUCCAAGUUUAAAAAGUUUGAAACAAAUUAAAUUGGGCUGUGUUUCUUCUCAAAGAAAAUAGUGUAAACCAGAUUUUUUUUUCGAAAUACAUACAUUUGGACAAUAAAACUUUAUGUCAUCAGGCAGAUAA